GUGUAUGAGAGAGAGAGAGAGAGACUCGCUAAGCAACGACCUGCAAACGGGCAACUGAGCCAGUCCGAGUAAAACAGGAACCACUUUAUUUUUCAGUGUCUUUGAAAUGUUCCCGACGAUAAUUCUUCGUCGUCUGCUUUGAUCUCAUCGAAGUUGCCGUCUCUUCAGACGUCGGCCACAGAAACCAAACAAGAAAUUAAUGCAUCUUGCUCCGCGUUCCUGUUUGUUUUGACCUGUGUAGCUAGAAGGGAAUCCUGCAAGAGGGAUUUGCGGUCCGUCAAUGAGGAACUACCGGCUCAUCUUCUGCCACAACCUGAAGCAGCCAUAGAUGGUUCAGUGGUUCACUGGCCGGAGGAGGAGAGGAUAGGACACACUUUCACUGCUACACGACGUGAGGUCUUGGCGGGGUUGUGGUGAGGAGGAGUAGGAGGCCAUGAGGAAGAGCGUGUCUCCAUUGCCAAGCAACGAGGGCGGGGGCUCAGCUGGCAGCACGCGGGUUUUUGGCGUUCCGUUGGAGGAGGUGACACGCACACACACAAUCAGUGGCCAUGAGGUUCCUGCCCUGGUGAAACACAUCGUUGAAUACAUUGAGGAGCAUGGGAACCUGGACCUGGAGGGACUCUUCCUGGUUAAUGGCAACGCAGAGCGUGUGGAUUGGUUGCGCCAGCGUUAUGACAGUGGUGAGGAGGUGGAGCUAGAGAAGGAGGCGGACCUGGCAUCAGCAGUCAGUUUGCUCCGACUCUUCCUGCAGGAGCUUCCUGAGCCGGUUAUCCCGACAGAGAUACAGGGACACAUACUACAGCUACACCAAGAUUACAGCAAUGAAGAGGAGCUGUGUAGAAACUUGAAGUACUUCCUUCAGCAGCUUCCCCAGCUGAACUACGGCCUGCUGCGCUUUCUGUGCCGCUUCUUGGCCAGCGUGGCUUCACUUCAACAGGAAAGCUGGAACAUCGGGGCACUGGCUGCCGUCUUCGGGCCAGACAUCUUUCAUCUGUCAACAGAAGGAGAGGACCUUCGGGACCAGGAGUCUGUCAGCCGAGUCCUGGCAGAGCUGUUGGACAACCAGGAGGGCCUGUUUGACUCGGAGGACGAUGACGUCUCCACCACCAACGACUACAGCUCUAUCAAUGAACAGAUCACAGAGCUGUUGGAUGAUGAGAGGUGUGAGGCAGAAUGUGAAGAGUUGCCUCAGGAUGGAGAGGAAGGUCCUGCCUCCUCUGACUCACCACAACACACACACAGUGAUAAGAGCCCUGCAGCCAGCUCCCACCUCUCCCCAAUAUCCAUCUUGCCUGCUGACUCUGCAGAGAUAAUUCAGCGAACCAUCAGGGCUGCGGUGGAGCAGCACUUCUUUGAGCUGAAAACCUCCAUCGACCAAGACCUCGGCAACUACGACAGCCAGGGGGCGAGCCCCAGUGAGCCUGCAGACCACAGUUUCCAUGGAGACGAGAAGCAACAAUCUGACCCUGGGGAAAAUCCCUGCGGCACAGAAGAGGAGACCCCAAUCACUCAGAACGAGCAGCAUGUGCAUCAAUGUCAGAAAGACACACAGGAUUCACUGGGCUCUGGCGCCACCCUAGAGGAGGGUUUGGGAAUGGACCUGGAUGCAGAGGCGGCCAGAGAUGCUGAGAACAACAUUAACUCUGCCAGGCAGGACAAUCAACGCUGUGACAUCAUGGAGCAGACUCAGACUGACACCUUUAGCUGUGACCCAGGCUCCUGCCGCUGUGAUCAGAACGCCAACACUAGCGAGGAGGACAGGAACCAUCUGUCGCCAUGCCAACCAAACUCUGGCCACAACCCCCACCUCCAGCUCUUUCCCGACAACCAAUGGGAAGCGUCACCCCUCUCCCAUCUCCACCUCCCUUCCAUAGACUUCUCAUGUAUGCACCUGCAAAAAGAAGGCCAAGACCCGGUUCCCGCUUACAAAUCCUGGCAGGAUGACAACGAGAGUGGAGAAGCGCAGCUCUCCCCGCUGGCCGGUCGCAUGGUUCCUCUCCCCCUGCUGCCCCUGGAGGAGGAGGGCGAAGAGGACGAGGAGGAGAGAGGGCAAGAUGCCUCCCCUUCCUCUUCCCGCUCUCACCCUCACCUCCUGGCACGCCGCUUCCUCGACUUUGGAGCACACAGUACCCAGCGGUUCCUCCACCAGGACCCGGAUGCGACCUCACCCACUAAAGCGCAGAGGCCACGGCGAGCAUCGUUUGGCUCCAAAGAAGCAAUGAGAGGAGAUUCAGUGACACACCAACUCACCAAGAAGCUUCAGCACCUGAAGAAGAAAAUCAAACAGUUUGAAGAGCAGUUUGAGAAGGAGAGGAACUACAAGCCCUCUCAUGGAGACAAGGCAGCUAACCCCAAGGUCCUCAAAUGGAUGACCGACCUCACCAAGAUCCGGCGGCAGAUUAAAGGACGCCAGCACCACCUUUUACCCAGAAGCACGCUGAAGCACCAGGCUUUGCUCCAUUCAUACAGGCGCCACCAUGCUCCCUCCUCCCCUUCCUCCUCCUUCUCCUCCUCCUCUGUCUGCUCACCUCCCCAUCACACACUCACCCCCCUGCUCCACCCCUACUCAGGCCUGAGCUCUAGACCGUAUCACCUCAACGCCAAACACCGCGCAGAGAGCGAGCUUGGCCCCCAGACUCGUCCUCGGAGCAACACCUUACCCAAGAGCUUCGGCUCAACGCUGGACCAAGGCGCUUGCGACACAGCGAUGGAGGUCAAGGGCUUGCGUCCCACCCGAGAGGAAACACUGGAGCUGAUCCAGCGCAGGGUCAAAGGGAAGAGGCAGGAGGACGGCUGGCCGGAUGACAUCAAGAAGAUGACCAAGGAGCAGUUGUCCUGUGAGAAGACAGUCCUUCAGAAGAACCUGCUGCACUAUGAGGACCUGCAUGGACGACCUGUGACCAGAGAGGAGCGUCUGGUGGUGAAGCCUCUCUACGAUCGCUACAGAUUGGUCAAACAGAUGCUCACCCGAGUCAGCAUCGCACCUGUCACAGUGUCCCCUUCUAGUAAGAGGCGAAAUCAGACCCUCCAGCCAAUCAUUGAGGGUGAAACUGCUCAUUUCUGGGAAGAGAUCAAAGAAGAGGAGGAGGACGAGAGGAAAGAAAGAGAAGGAGAAGAAGAAGACGGGCGGGAUGAGGAAAGGGAUGAUGAUGAAGAAGAGGAGGAGGAGGAGGAAGGAGAGAGCAGCGGUGGGGAGAUGCAGAGCUCUGAGGUCAUCAUGGCUGUCGACCUCGGACCAGUGAGCAGCCAGAACCAAGCUGACCGACAGAGCAACUGUCCAAUGACGGCCAAGCUGGAGGAGGGCUCGGGGAGGCUGGCGCUCGAUCUGCGGCUGUCCAGCUCCAACGCCUCGUCCAUGCCGGAGCUGCUGGAACAGCUGUGGAAAGCCAGAGCAGAGAAGAAGAAACUGAGGAAGACCAUCCGCGAGUUUGAGGAGGGUUUUUAUCAGCGUAAUGGAAGAAACGUUCAGAAGGAGGACCGGGUGCCCAUGCUGGAGGAGUACAGGGAGUACAAGAGGAUCAAAGCCAAACUUCGCCUCCUGGAAGUUCUCAUCAGCAAACAGGAUUCCUCCAAAUCCAUCUAGACUCACACGUCCACAGGUACCCACCAUCAACGUACACAUGGACUCUCAUCACUGCUGCGAGGACCCGCCCGGGACGUCCAUCAGUCUGUCAGACGUCACCACGCCUGGGAAGGUUUAGCAGACGCUCCAGCCAGCAACAGUAACCACAUCACGUGAUUUCGUGACGCUCGGUCAAACCCGGUGACCGCGACUUGGUUUGCUGCGCUCAUGUCAAGGGGAAAACUAAAUUUAUGUCCUGAUUUAACUUGUGUAAACAUUGUAAACAUAGUUUGACCUGUGCAGGAAAACAAGCUCCGACCGGUCAAACACAACCCUAAACGCUGCACCUAAGUGUACGGCAUCCAUUUUCAUCCAUCGCAACCAAACGCUAGUUGUUGCCUGUAUUCAGCAAUUUGAUGAGGGAUGGGAUUUAGGUAAGCAGUAAAUUAAAAGAACAACAUGAUGACUGUGUUCUUAUUGCAGCAUCUCAAAUGGCUUUUUAUGUCUUCAGUCUAACUCUCAGGACAAAAGAGUAAAGGACAAAUGUGCUAAAAAAACUUUUAGCAGCUUUUUCAGUCCCUGACAAUUUGCUCUCAGGGCUACUUUGAUGAAAAGCACCAUUACUGAGUGAUGGCCACUGAAAGGUUUUCGGGCAAAUUUUAAACGUUUUGAUCACACAGACAGUUAAAUUAUUUAAUUCUUUUGAUGAAUACAUGACUAACUACAUGUGACUGGAGAUAUUUUCUAUUUUGCUGAAGUCACUAAUGUGAACAUCACAGUCUGGGUUUAAUUAACCAAUCUAAAGGGUGACGCAAGACGUGCAUUUUUACAAUUAUUGUCCCACGACAUGAACGCAGCAGCACCACAAGUUAAACUUAAAAUCACUCCUUUCAUCCACACCUGAUCUCCGCUGCCUCGUCUGACUGCAUAUCAUUUAAAAACACGGAGAAAACAAAGGAAUCGUCGCCAUCGUAAUCACUGUUUGUCUUCAUCAUCGUCAUCACAACGUGACUCAAGACUCUGCACUCGUACUCUUAUUUCCUCGACUUCUGAGAAAGAGAACCUUUUGGACUUUUUUCUUUUCAAGAGUUUUUCUGUUGUCGGUGCUUCAUGCUGGGGAGUCUGGCUGGACAGCUUGAGGACUGGCAUUUCAGACACUUUUCGCUCAAGACUUCUUCCUUUGGGACGCCGCACUGUGUGAAAACUCCCCGUUUUUCGCCUCGCUUCAGGGAGUCACGGUUUCUUCGAGAGGCCUCCUCGGCGCGAGGCGAUCGGUUGUUUUAUCCCGUCAUUAAAAGAUAACAUCCUGCGUUGCUUCACUGUCUGACUGAUUUUAAAAUUCAUUUUACAAGUGUGUGCAUACAUGCUUGUGAGACGCUGCGGUUUAUGCUUUCCUUAAAUGAAAAAGAAUAUGUUUAGUAAUCCAAGGGAAGAGAAAGGAGAAAAAUAAUAAUAGUAUGAACUCCCUUGGAGAUGUGAAAAACUGUUGAUUCAUUUUCUUUUCAUUUAUUUCUAUUCUUCAGCAUUUUGUUGCAGUUAGGUUUUUCUUUUCCUCUUUUGGCCAUAUUUGUCACAUGUACAUGAUGUGCGAUGAACACUAGAUUGUAGUGUGGUGUUGUUUGCAAAAUAUCCCCUAAUUUUGUUUCCCCCACGAUCAUUUUUUCUUGUUUUUAACUUAAGCUGAGACGUUUGACUUUUCAGGUCUUGUGUUGGUGAUUUUAAAAGCGGCAUCGGACUGAAGAUACUCCGAGGAAAUCUCGGAUCAGGAGAUUUUACGAUGAUAGAUAGAUGUGACUUUUUUUUUUUCCUUGUUUGUUUGUUUCUCACUCGUUCAGUUCGCUGCAUGGAGGUGUGGUAGUUUCUGAGGGACUAUGGCUGAUAGAUGCCGAGGAGAGGAGCCAGUAUCUGGUACUGCUUCUUCUCUGAAACCAAAGCCUCGUUGGCUACGGGCAGUGGUAGUCUGAGCACCGUUUGUGUCGGCGCAGAGUGACGACACGGUGUGCUGUCGCUGUGCAGCUGAUGUGACGGUCACCGAGUAAGUGAUUUUUAUCUCUGGGCGUCCUUGGUUAAAGUUUGAUCAUAGCUUUAAAGGCUGUAUUGAAUGGAUGAGGUGCCAACACUGCCAGCACUGAUUUUAAACACGUAGAAGUAACUGUGGUUCCCUGAUGCCCCCCAGCUGGUGAGUCGGUGCAGAGGGUCUGAUCGGUCUGUAGCACGAUGUCUGUGAUGCUGAGAGAGACAGAGGAAGCUUCAGCGCGAAUGCAAAAAACAAUCUCGGCUGUGUUGGUCAAAUCUCCGGUCCCAGUAGAGUUUCAUUUCCUGCUGGCAGGUGAAAUGAGUGCAGGUGAGGAAGAGGAAGUCUGAAGUGUUGUGCACGCCAGCGUGUUUGUUGUCCUCUUCGUUCUUCUUCUUCCUCCUCUUCUUCUUCUUCUUCACAAAGGCCGUGCUGUCUGUUGAAGAAGCCGUUCGGCCGUUAAGUUAAGCCGUGUUGCCAAGUGAAGUUCGAUGGUUCGUUGCUUGUGAGACGUUCAAAGGCAGACAGGACACAGUAGUGCUCUUAUGUGCUGAACUGAUGUACAUUCGCCUGCCAGAAUCGAAGCUGACUGCAAUCUGUUGGAUGUCAGAUGGUUUGAAAUCAAUGUUUUGAAUGAGUCAAGAGUUGAACUCUUGUAAGUCAGGCUGCAGCGCGUUUGCCUGGACAGUCAAGUUCGGGGGGUUUGAUGUAAAAACGUUAUUUGCACAGCAUUCACAGAAUGCAGCCCUUGUGUGUUUUUUCAUUUGUAUUUUUUAAAAAAAAUGAAGCACUACUUCUAUACAAAUAUAAAUAUAUACUGUACAUAAAAAAAAACACCCGAAGGAAUGAAUGUCAGAAAUGUUUAAAUUAUUUCAAACAUUACGUUUGGCCCCCUUUGGUUCAAGAUGUUUGUGAUGCCCUAAAAAAAUGUGUUGUUGUUUUUUUUUUGUUUUUGUUUUUUUAUUUUAUUAUUAUUAUGAAUAUUGCUAUUACUAUCAUAACCAUUAUUUUGUGUGACGACAAUAAUAAUCUUUUUGCAUCUACUCUCAAACUGUAAAACCAGCUGUAGAAGUUAGUCUGGCACUGUGUGUGAGUGUGUGUGAGUGUGUGCGUGUGGCUAAUCGAACACGAAACUGUUCUGGUCUCUGACUUCUUUUGUCGCUCUCUGUAACAUAAGCUAAUAUAGAAGCAGUACUGUAGUGAGCUUGCAUGGCAAAAGAGAACAUAAUAGUAUGGAUUACAUGAUGUAUUGUUUCUAAUAUGUGUGUGCCAUGAAGAAGCAGCAAUAAUAAAAGUGUGCGUGGGGGGUAAAUGCGGCGUCACCACGAGUGGAAUCGACUGUGUGUGAAUGUCUGAGGGUACAAUAUUAUUUCCUUUAUAGUAUAAUUGUUUUCAGCCUGGCACACACACAUGCACACACACACACGUUCAGCUCGGAUGGCGUGUAAGCGUAAUAUUCAUGUUGGCGCCACUGAGCAAAAUCAAAUAGGAAUUUAAAUUAAACAGGAAGGCAAACAGGAAGUGAAAAGCCAGUGACAGGUGCGUCAUGUCUUUUAACAUGACAGUUUGUGUUAUGGUUCAGGAAGAGAAAACAAUCCAUCGUCAUCAGCCUGCGACGUGCUUCUCCUUUUUACUGUUUAUUUAUUUGAGUCAAACGACACGCCAAAGAGUUGAGGGGAACAGUCGGCGCGUCACUUUCUCUAACUCACUUUGUUUUUUGGUUUGUUUUUGUCGCCGUACAUGCGAGCGAGUGGUCAGGUUGACGCACCGUAACGCGUAAACGUGUUUCACCUCACGCACGCUUGGCUUCGCACACCUGGAGUUCACGGCAAAAUACUUGAUGUCUCGGACGGAGCAGACAAGUCUGAAGAGCCUGUCGGGUUUUAAGGACAGGCGGUCACGUCGCUGACAGGCGUGUUAGAAGUCAGAAAUCAGAUUCUUUUGCUCUGAACUCCCUCGAGCGGCUUCCACCACGUCAGCGGCGCGUGACGCUGCGUUUCAUCACACCGACGUGCCGUAUGUGUCGAUAAAUGUUUUCUUACUUCGUGAGUGCUUUUAUUUUGGUCUGUUGUUUCUUCAUUAACAAAGAGGUUGAUAAAAAAACAAUCAUUUGCAAACAUGUACACACGAGAAUAAAAUUUACAAGCUUGCCAAA